AUGAGUUUUCAGUUUCUUUUAGUGCUUGCUUUAGGCAUGAUCUCAAAUAUUUGUGGCAAUGGUUUCUACUUCAAUGACAUUUCGUCCAUUUCAAUAGCAAUCGCCAAAGUUUGCGACGAAUUUUACAUAAAAAAAUCGAUAGAAUUUGACGUGAUUCUUUAUGGAAAUGAGACAGAUUAUCUAAAAGAUAUAAUUAGCAUGUUAUUAAGUCAAAUUGGAAAUAGAACAGCGACGACUUUCAGACACAUCAAGGACAUCGACUUGUGGGAUCAUAAAAUCUAUAAAUCAGCAAUUGUGUUCUUGACUGACCAAUCGUUGGCAUAUACGUUUCAUAAAAAUGUGCUGCUUGACAACAAGUUUCCAACUGAUUUUAUAUUCUUUAUGUUUUCUGAGCAUAAGAUUGUGGCAGAACCUUUAAUUAAUUUAUAUUCUGACGAUCGAACAUCAUUUCUAUCUCAUUUAUUUUUAUUCACAAACUACCAAUUUCAUGUUGAGCUAUCGACGUACGAUCACUUCCAACUAGAUCAUUGUAACAAGCCAAACAGGAUUCAACUUAAUAUUUUUCAUAAGCCUUCAAAUGAAUGGAAAAGCAAGCUAAGAAUUUAUAAAAGAUUUCAAAAUUUUAACAAUUGCACUUUAGUCAUCGACGAGCCGUACGGACAUUUCUUGUAUGUGAAUGGAGACAAUUCUAAAAUAUUCGAUUGCAUCAGAUUGACACCACUUAAGUGUGGUGAGAUCAUCAGAAAAGCUGCCUUUAUGUUUGGCACACAAGGAUUUAUUGUUGACAUUUUUCAUAUUUUAUCAAAAAAACAAAAUUUUAAUCCCAUUUAUCGAUUUUAUACAUUAAAUGAUUCAAUUUUUGAGCUUUUGCCAUUUCCUAAGAUUGUUAUGGCCACCGGAUCACUCAUUGCUGAUCAAAACGACUUGGGAUUUAUUACUUUGCUUAUGUUCAAAACUAAUUUUGUUUUAAUUUCAACACCAAGUGAGUUUUAUACAAACUAUGAGAAACUUUGGCUACCGUUUGAUGAUGUCACGUGGGCUAUCCAACUUUUAAUAUUUUUAGUAGCUUUUUCUGUCAUUGUUGUUGUCAAAUUUAUGUCAAGAGUCGUAAGGAACGCACUGUUUGGAAAAGAAGUAAUGACACCAGCACUUAAUGUUCUUCACAUUUUCUUUGGAAUUUCUCAAAUGAAGCUACCAAGUGCAUGCAUACCUCGAUUUCUUCUGAUGAUUUUCAUCGUCUUUUGUCUCAUUUUUCGGACCUGUUAUCAAAGCAAAAUAUUUGAAUUUAUGACGUCCGAUAUGAGGAAGCCACCGCCAAACACAAUUCAGGAUUUAAUCGAUAGAAACUAUACGAUUUUGACCUGCGAUAAAGGUCAUAUUGAUAUGCUGGAACAAAUUGUUUCUGAAUUUACCGGAGUAAACAUUAGGAUUGUCGAUUGCGUUUUGUUCAUAAAGCUCUACUGUGACAAUUUCAACAACCACAACUCAAAGUUUGCCUUUUUUACCGAAGAACUACAAUAUUUUGUCAUUAAUUCACUGUGCCAUGGAUCUGCAGUACAGCUCAAAAGUUUUCACCACGAUUUACCUUUAGUAGCUAUGUUGGCGAGCUACAAUAGCUUUAUGUUUCAACAUUUAAAUAAAUUAUUGGAAAGAAUCUUACCUGCUGGAAUUCCGAAGUAUUUGCUCGACUAUCACAUGUGGAUGCUAUUUAAGAAAUAUGAAGGAUUCAUUGAUAAUAGUCCAAAAGUAUUGACAAUCAAUGAUUUAUGUUUUGGAUUGUGGCUUGGUGCCUGCGGACUUUCAAUUGUUGCAUUUAUGUUGGAGAUUGUGAGGUUUAAGUUAAGGAAAAUAUUUCGGAUUUUAAUUGGAUUGACGAUGUUUUUAAGAAUUUUGAUUGUGCGAUUAAAAGUUGUUGUCGUUUAG